AUGACGAGCAAUGGAACAGCCAACGAUGCUCCCGUUGCGGGUCCAAGUGACGGUACUCUCCCGCCUGAAGUACGUUACAGGGCACGCGUUCCUCAAAAGGGAGUUCCUCCUCAACGAGAUGCAAGGCCUGCAGUAUCAGCACCUCAGCCAUCGGAAAUUGGUCGCAAACGGUUGACAACGCUCCAAUUGUUUAACUUGAGUAUCUCAAUGGCGGGUGCUCAGGUUGCAUGGACGGUGGAACUCGGUUAUGGGACACCAUUUCUACUUUCUCUUGGAUUGUCCGAGCAAAUAACGAGUCUCGUCUGGCUUGCUGGACCUAUUAGUGGACUUAUUGCUCAACCUCUAAUUGGUGCGAUCUCGGACUCGUCUCGCUCACGUUACCGAAGGCGCUUCUGGGUUGCCACGAGUACCGGAGUACUAUGCUUCUCUACACUUAUCCUAGCAUAUUGUCAGGAGAUCGCAGCUUUCUUUGUUGAUGCUUUCGGAGGUGGUGAAGGUUCUUGGGAUCCGAAGAGGGACCGUCAAGUGACGGAUACCGCAAUUGGAUUCGCUGUUGUGGCAUUCUAUUUUCUUGACUUCUCGCUCAAUGCUCUACAAGCUUCACUACGCAACCUCUUGCUGGACGUGACCCCUCCCUCUCAAUUAAAUGCUGGAAAUGCAUGGCACGGUAGGAUGACUCAUGCCGGAAACAUCGUCGGAUAUGGCUUCGGAUUCCUUCCACUUGCACAGUUACCCUUCCUCCGACUCCUGGGCGGCUCUCAGUUUAGGAAGUUCUGUGUCCUAACGAUGUUCAUCCUUAUUGUCACUGUUGGUAUUACUUGCAUUGCCCAGGACGAGAAGGCACGCCCGGCAGAACUAAGGGAGAAUAAGCAAAGCAAAUUUGUGGACGUAUUGAGAAACAUUUGGACUGCCAUAGUUGAGCUGCCUAAACCCAUUAGGCGAGUUUGUUACGUCCAAUUCUUUGCAUUCAUGGGUUGGUUCCCGUUCUUGUUUUACGCUACGACGUAUGUUGGUCAAGUCUUGGCGUUGGAUACUGGCAAAGAGCCUGAUGUCGAGGCCGCAACUCGAAUGGGUGAUCUUGCUCUUCUCUGGUUUAGUAUAGUGGCAGUCAUUGCUGGUAUCCUGCUCCCACACCUUGCACGCCGUGACCAGAGGCUUCUAGGGCGUGAUGGUGACGAGGAGGGUACAGAACUAAACAGAAUCCGGGAUAUGGUACAGAAAUGGCGAGUUGAAGCUGCAAGUCAAGGCAAACCGUUGAAACUUCCGAGCAUGCCGUUCAUGUUGCGAAACAUCUGGACCGCUGGGAUGCUUCUCUUCACGGUUCUUACGUUUUCGACUUUCUUUAUUAGCACUCUGGCCUGGGCCAUCGUCAUGGUCAGCCUCGUUGGUAUCUGUUGGGCGAUUGCUUGUUGGGUCCCGUUUGCUAUCAUUAUGGAGGUGACGGUGCAGGCCUCGACCAACGGCCCACAAAGUCGGAGCCAGACCGCGCGCAAUCAUUUUCGUAAUGCCUCUUCGCCUACGCAGCACCGUUGGCGACGAACAGAUGAACGUGCGCCUUUGAUACGUCAACGGUCUCUGGGACCUUAUGGUGAAGAAGGAGAAACUGAAGCUGCAAGGCCUAUUGCUGGUGGGACGGUGCUUGGAAUACAUAAUUUGGCGAUUGUGAUGCCCCAAUUCAUUGUCGCUGUCGUAGCGAGUGCGAUAUUCAAGAUCGUGGACUCUGCAGAGGACUCGACUAAUCAUAAUACGUAUUUGGGCAAGAGCGGUGUGGGAUGGGUUCUUCGCUUCGGUGGUCUAUGUACUUUGGUUGGUGCAUUUGCCGCAAGGAUGGUACCUCCAACAAAGACGGAGAAAGAGAUGCGUCGAUUAUUAGGCGAGAUGAAAGUGCUGCGAGAACAGACUACUCCAUAA